CUAUCGUAGUAAACAGCUGGGGGCGGAGACUCGAUCCCCACAACCGAAAGUCCAGUUCCUUUGCAAAACGCUACGCGGAGAUCUCGAAUUCGAUCGCCCUUCUUCCUGAUUCGUCCCGAUUCCUGAAAGAGUUGCUCGGAUCUCGCGUCCGUGGUGGGUGACCGGAAAUGGCGUCUCAGGCGUUUCUUGACAAGAUGCAGCUCCGGCAGAACUACAGGAACCUCUGGCACACCGACCUCAUGGGCACCGUACGAGCUGACUUCCCCUUUUGCUGUCUGGCGCUUUGGUGUGGACCAUGUGUCUCGUACAUGCUUCGCAAACGAGCUCUUUACAAUGACAUGUCAAGGUACACAUGCUGUGCGGGGUAUCUACCAUGCAGUGGAAGAUGUGGAGAAAGUCGAUGCCCAGAGUUUUGCCUUUGCACUGAGGUUUUCUUGUGCUUUGGAAAUUCUGUUGCCUCAACUCGCUUCUUGCUCCAAGAUGAGUUCAACAUACAGACUACUCAAUGUGAUAACUGCAUUAUUGGAUUCAUGUUCUGUCUACAACAAGUUGCUUGCAUCUUUUCCAUUGUCGCGAUGAUCGUCGGAAGCUCAGAGCUCCAAGAGGCUUCCCAGAUCCUGAAUUGUUUGUCUGACCUCGUAUACUGCUCAGUCUGCGCAUGCAUGCAGACACAACAUAAGAUUGAGUUGGAUAAGAGAGAUGGCAUGUUUGGACCAGCACCAGUGAUGGCUGUGCCUCCAUUCCAGCAAAUGUCGCGGAUUGAUCAGCCUAUUCCACCUCCUGCGGGCUACGCCCCCUCUCAGCCAGCUUAUGGGCAACCUUAUGGUUAUCCUCCACCUGCUGGUUCAUAUCCUCCUGCUGGUUCAUACCCUCCACAAGGAUAUCCUCCUGCUGGCUACUACCCCAAGUAGAUGCAUGAAUCGUGAAGCAUUCUAUGGAGGUAAAGAGUGAAUAUAAUCGUAGAUUAUUCUGUGUGGCCAAGAUUAUAUCGAUGAUUUGAAUUGCAGAAACAUGUCGUGAACUUCGAUGUUCGCAUUGUGAAGAGGUUGAGAAAUUAUCAUUGUCACUGUAUUUUUCUUAACUUUGCACUGCAAGAAAACUGGUUUCAUAAA